CACCCUCGCUGCUCGCCGCACUCGCAUCAGCACAUAGAGACGCAGCAUCACUGCCGCGUGCAUCACCCUCCUUCCCUCACACCCUCUCUCCCACUCCUGCUCGUCGCUGAGCAGUCCUCCUUCCCGGCGCCGCCCGAGCCUCCUCGCGCCCGCCAUGUCGGCGCCGCACGCGACCGACUACGCGCAGCCCGACGGGCGCCGCACGCCCACGGCGCGCGACGGUGCGCUCGACGACGACGCCCACUCCAGCGGCGGCUCGACGGGCGAGAACCUGCGCAUCAGCAUCCCCGGCGGCGGCAACCACGCCGACCGCACGAAGGAGAAGCACCCGCAGAAGAAGAAGCGCGAGCAGUCUGAGGCGACUGUGCAGGCAUCCAACGACUCGAACGAGUCGACGCCCGAGCAGGCAACGCGCCCGCGCUCCAACUCGCGCCCGUCCUUCCACUCGCGCGACUCGGUCUGGGAGCACAAGCCGGACUAUCACCCGAGCCACAAGAGCCCGUACGCCAACCCGAACCACUACUCGUCGCGCCCACAGACGUACCACCAAAAGUCGUACUCGCACAUGUCGACGCCGCCAACGCCCACGUCGGGCGCCACGCGGCACGGCCAGUUUGCGAGCGGCGAGAGCGAGGAGAUGGGCCACGGGCGCGGGCCGACGAGCGCCAUUGAGCGCGGCAUCGAGGCGUCGGCCACGGACCGCUCGUGGCAGACGCAGGAGGAGAUCCGCCUGGACGAGGAUGCGCGCAAGGAGCGCCACUGGCGUCGCUGGGGCUGCUACCUCGCUGAGCGUCAAUGGGGCACUGUGCGUGAGGACUACUCGGGCAACGGCGAUGCCUGGACGCACUUCCCGCACGAGUCGGCGCGCAGCCGCACGUUCCGCUGGGGCGAGGACGGCAUUGCCGGCCUGUGCGACAACCACGGCCGCCUCGGCUUCUCGCUCGCGUUCUGGAACGGCAAGGACCGCAUGCUCAAGGAGCGCCUCUUUGGCCUGGCGAACAACGAGGGCAACCACGGCGAGGACGUCAAGGAGCUCUACUGGUACCUCGACAACACGCCCACGCACAGCUACAUGAAGAUGCUCUACAAGUAUCCGCAGUCGGCGUACCCGUACGAGCAGCUCGUGCGCGAGGCGCGCAACCGCGGCCGCGACGUCGCCGAGUUCGAGAUCACCGACAUGGACAUCUUCGACGACGACCGGUACUGGGACAUCUACGUCGAGUACGCCAAGGACGCCGACGACGAGGAGGCCAUCUCCGUGCGCAUCAGCGCCUACAACCGCGGCCCCGAGGCGGCCGACCUGCACAUCAUCCCGCAGAUCUUCUUCAAGAACUACUGGUCGUGGCCCAAGGAGGAGCCUGAGAAGCCGCAGUUCAAGCAGAUGGACGACCUGACCAUCCGCGCGACGCACAAGGACCUCGACACGAUGAACCUGUACUGCUCGACGAGCCCGGCGCCGUCGGCGCCGCCGCGCAAGCGCGGUGCCGCGCCGGAGCUCAUCUCCGACGAGGAGAUCGCGCCCGAGCUGCUCUUCACCGAGAACGAGACGAACCUCGAGCGUCUCUACGGCGGCCGCAACAAGACGUACGCCAAGGACGCCUUCCACGACCACAUCGUGCCGCAGCACCGCCUCGAGAAGGACCAGCCGAAGGACGUGCGCAAGACGCGCACGGUGAAGCGCACCGUCAAGCGCAUGGUCAAGGCGGCCAAGGCGGCCGGCAAGCAGGCCGCAGGCGCUGCCGAGGCAGCCAAGGAGAAGGCGCUCAACGGCAGCAACGGCGCCAACGGCCACAGCGCCGAGGAUGACGACGAGGAGGAGCACGAGGUCGAGGAGGAGGUCGAGGAGGAGGAGGAGUACUGGGAGCCGCCGACGGACACGAAGCCGACGCGCGACUACACGAACCCCAACAAGGAGGGCACCAAGGCCGCGGCGCACUACCACUUCCAGGGCGUGCCGGCCAACGGCGGCUGCGCCGUCGUGCGCAUGAAGCUCACGCGCAAGUCGCAGCAGGAGGACCCGGCGAUCAACGACGACGAGGCCUUCGACGCCGGCAUCGAGGCGCGGCAGCGCGACGCCGACGAGUUCUACACGCGCAUCGCCUCGGGCCCCAUCUCGGACGACAUGAAGAACAUCAUGCGGCAGGCGCUCGCGGGCAUGCUGUGGAACAAGCAGCACUACACGUUCAUCCAGCCCGAGUGGCUCAAGGGCGACGCGGGCCAGCCGGCGCCGCCGCCGGAGCGCAAGAACAUCCGCAACAAGGAGUGGCGCCACCUGCACAUGGAGGACGUGCUCUCGAUGCCGGACAAGUGGGAGUACCCGUUCCCGGCCGUGUGGGACACGGCGUUCCACUGCAUCCCGCUGGCGAUGAUCGACCCGACGUACGCCAAGAAGCAGCUCGACCUCUUCACGCGCGAGUGGUACAUGAAGCCCGACGGCGCGCUGCCGGCGUACGAGUGGAACUUCUCCGACGUCAACCCGCCCGUGCACGCCUGGAGCACGUUCCGCGUGUUCAAGAUCGAGCGCAAGAUGUACGGGCGCGAGGACCUCGACUUCCUCGAGCGCGUGUUCCAGAAGCUGCUGAUCAACUUUACCUGGUGGGUGAACCGCAAGGACUCGAGCGGCAGCAACGUGUUCGAGGGCGGCUUCCUCGGCCUCGACAACAUCGGCCCCUUCAACCGCUCCGAGCCGCUGCCGACGGGCGGCAUCCUGCGCCAGGCCGACGGCACGGCGUGGAUGGCCUUCUACGCGCUCAACAUGCUCAACAUGGCCCUCGAGCUCGCCAAGCACAACCCGACGUACGAGGACAUUGCCAGCAAGUUCUUCGAGCACUUCAUCUUCAUCAGCGACGCCAUGACGUACAAGGACAGCGACGGCGCGGGCGAGGGCGUGAGCCUGUGGAGCGAGGAGGACGGCUUCUACUACGACGCCAUCAGCUGGGGCGACGGCAAGAGCCAGGUGAUCCCGGUCAAGAGCCUCGUCGGCCUGAUCCCGCUCUACGCCACGCUCACCCUCGAGCCGAGCGUGCUGAAGCGCUUCCCGAGCUUCGCCAAGCGUGUGCAGUGGUUCCUCGACAACCGGCCCGAGAUGUCGCAGCGCAACAUUGCCAACAUGAGCGUGCCUGGCCGCGGCGAGCGCCGCCUGCUCUCGAUGGUCUCGCGCGAGCGCCUCGAGCUGAUCCUCAAGCGCAUGCUCGACGAGACGGAGUUCCUGAGCAAGUACGGCGUGCGCUCGCUCAGCAAGUACCACCAGGACAAGCCGUUCCACGUCAACGUCGGCGGCGAGGACUUUGGCGUGGGCUACUGGUCCGGCGACAGUCAAUCGCCGAUGUUCGGCGGCAACAGCAACUGGCGUGGUCCGGUCUGGCUGGCCGUCAACUUCCUCAUGGUCGAGUCGCUGCAGCGCUUCUACCAGUACUACGGCGAGGACUUCAAGAUCGAGUGCCCGACGGGCAGCGGCGACUUCAUGCACCUCGGCCACGUCGCCGAGGAGCUGCAGCACCGCCUCAUCGCCAUCUUCUCGCAGGACGACGCGGGUCGCCGCGCGUGCAACGGCGGCAUGCCGAAGCUCGACUUUGACCCGCACUUCCGCAACCUCGUCGUGCUGCACGAGUUCUUCGACGGCAACUCGGGCAAGGGCCUCGGCGCCUCGCACCAGUGCGGCUGGACGGGCCUGAUUGCCUUCUCGAUCAUGAGCGCAGGCAUGACGUACAAGUCGAGCACGCCGCGCACGCCGCGCUCGACGGCGCAGCACUACUUCGACGAGCACCUCACCGACGACGGCCGCAGCGACGCGGGCAGCCAGUACAGCGUGCCCUACAGCCACAGCUUCAGCCGUCCGCCGUCGCCCGACGAGCUCUGAACGAGGCGCCCCACAUUCUCUUAUACUUCCUGUCCCAUCCUCCGUUCCCUGGUCACGCUGUGCGAACAGAUACCGCUCCUUUCCCCACCUCCAGCUGCCACCUUUCCUCCCCCUCCUCCCUCUCUGCCUGUUGCACAAAGACACACACACCCAAGAUGCGUGCGCGAUUCCAUGCGCAUCACCCGACUCGCGCCCCGACGAGAUGAGAGAUACAUGCAUUCAGCCUGA